UGGGGCCCCCGGGCAAUAGGGGAUCAUGGGGCCCCUGUGUCCUUGCCCAAACUCAAAAAAGCCUAUGAAAAAGGUACCAGGGGCAUCUCAUGGGGUCCCCUACUGACCCUGGGCCCUCGGGCAUUAAAACUAGCAACAGAGCAAGCAGAGAGAAUUUAUAAUAUUGCCAGCAGGGGAGGACAGACAACUCAUGGCAAUAGGGGAUCAUGGGGCCCCUGUGUCCUUGCCCACACUCAAAGCACACCCAAAAAAGCCUAUAAAAGGUACCAGCGGAAUUUCAUGGGGGCCCCCUACUGACCCGGGCCCUCGGGCAGUGCCUGAGUGCUCGAAUGGUCAGUCCGCCCCUGACUGCCAGGUAAAAGU